UUACUGGCUUCGGGGAAAGAACAUCUGAAAGUCCCCAGCCUUGAGAACAAAAACAUCAAAUAUUGAACAUCUUUUCCAGCUACAGGCUUUAAGAAUAGGUCACUGUAACACGUAACUCCUUAAACACAAAAUGCCCCAGAACGAGCACAUCGAGUUACACCGCAAGCGGCACGGCUACCGUCUGGACCACCAUGAAAAGAAAAGGAAGAAGGAGAGCCGUGAGGCCCAUGAGCGGUCCCACAAAGCCAGGAAAUUGAUCGGUUUAAAGGCCAAACUGUACCACAAACAGAGACAUGCCGAGAAGAUCCAGAUGAAGAAGACCAUCAAAAUGCAUGAACAGAGGAAGACUAAGCAGAAGAAUGACGACAAGACCCCAGAGGGAGCAGUGCCAGCCUACCUGCUGGACAGAGAGGGACAAUCCCGUGCUAAGGUCCUCUCCAACAUGAUCAAACAGAAGAGGAAAGAGAAGGCUGGUAAAUGGGAGGUGCCCCUGCCAAAGGUGCGUGCCCAAGGAGAGACAGAAGUCCUUAAAGUCAUCAGAACUGGAAAGAGACAAAAGAAAGCCUGGAAGAGAAUGGUCACCAAAGUUUGCUUUGUCGGCGAUGGCUUCACCCGUAAACCUCCAAAAUAUGAACGUUUCAUCAGACCCAUGGGUUUGCGUUUUAAAAAGGCUCAUGUCACACAUCCAGAGCUGAAGGCCACAUUCUGCCUGCCCAUACUCGGAGUGAAGAAGAACCCUUCCUCACCUCUCUACACCUCUCUGGGAGUCAUCACAAAAGGAACCGUCAUAGAGGUUAACGUCAGCGAGCUGGGCCUGGUCACACAAGGAGGAAAGGUUAUCUGGGGUAAAUAUGCCCAGGUGACAAAUAACCCAGAGAAUGACGGUUGCAUCAAUGCAGUUCUGCUGGUGUAAGAGUCUCCACCUUUACACAGACUGUGCCUGGUAACUCAGUUUACACGAGGAGCAAAGAUCACCACAAAGCAAGACAUGACAAGUAAUGGGCUUCAAAUCACAGGAGUGUCAGAAGAUCGCCGAUGAUGCAUCUGGCAAAACUGAUUUUGGAAUGAAAGCUCUCAAAGGAAAAGAUGGGGAGAUGAAUGUGUUUGAUAUAAAUAAAGUUAAUAUGACAGCAGA